AUGCAUGCUACAACGAGUGGCGACGAGGGUGGGACCAUAAACUUAGGCCGAGAUUGCGCAGGACAAGAAGAAUGGCGAAGUUCUUGGAUUUCGAGCCUUCCACCGAUGAUGGCGAAGAAGAUUUCAUGUCUUAUGUUGAAAGAUUUGACCACUACUGGGAAGUGACCCAAAACAAGGAUGACAGCCUGAAGAAGUCUGCCUUUAUAACAGCCAUCGGUAAACGCCCCUACAAAACGCUGAAGGACCUGUUGCUACCGGCCAAGCCAGAAGACAAAUCAUUCGUUGAAAUCGUCGCAGUCCUGAGGGAACACUACUCUCCGGGAAGCAAAGUUAUCGCCGAAAGGUUCAAGUUUAAUCGCCGCUACCAGACGGAAGGUGAGACAAUUUCUGCAUUUGCCGUGGAACUACGCCAUAUGGCAGCAAGAUGCGAUUUUGGGCCGUUUCUGGACGAUGCUCUUCGAGACAGGUUCGUGGCUGGCCUCAGCGACGCUUCGGUUCAAGCCAGCCUUCUGACGAAAAAGGAGCUAAGCUUCGGAUCUGCGUAUGACCUAGCCAGAAGCGCGGAACUGGCUCCGAAAGAAUCCAAAAGUGCUGGAAUCCAAAAGCCCAACCUCAGACAAGACUUUUCGCGACGAAGACGUCCACGUCAUUCAGAAGGGUCAACAAAGACAAAAGCCGAGGACUUCGGCGGGUCUUGCAGCCGGUAGUUGUUGUUACCGAUGUGCAGAGCAACACG